UGACUACAUAAGGAGAAAAUGCUGAGGCAUGGUUUUGAGUGAACCUCUCAACUGGACACCAUGAAGACCCUCCACACUAUUCUCCUGCUAGUAUUUGGCAUUACUAUUGCUCAGGCUCUUAAUUACAAGGCGCUGUGGCAGUUCAGGGCUAUGAUCGUCUGUGUCAAGCCCGACAGCUGGCCCGCCCUAGACUACGCUGACUACGGCUGCUACUGUGGUUAUGGUGGCUCAGGAACCCCCGUCGAUGACCUGGACAGAUGCUGUCAGGUACAUGACAAGUGCUACGGUGAUGCCAUGCAACAUGACGCAUGCUGGCCAAUCCUGGACAACCCUUACACUGAGAUCUAUGCCUAUAAUUGUGACAAAGCCACUAAGACAAUCACCUGCAAGAGCAACAACAGUGAAUGCGAGAUGUUCAUCUGUGAGUGCGACCGGAAGGCUGCUGAGUGCUUUGCUGUGUCCGGCUAUAAUGAGGAAAACAAGCACUUGCCCAGUGAUCGCUGCAAAUAAUUUAUAGACAACUUACACACCAUACUAAGCAGUAGGGCUAGUUAGUAUUUGCCUUAGACAUCUAGGCAUUUUAUCAUCUGAGCAGGACAUAAAAGGUAGUUCAAACUGUCUCAAUUAUUUUAUGUCCAUCUGAAAGGUUCAACCUUCAUCUAAUGAAAAACUCUUACUCGAUCAAUAAUCAAUAAACGGUAUGUUAACAAGCAA